AUGCCCAGGAUCGAGUUAUGCUUACCAAGGCGUCUUUCUGUGGGUCUUUUUGCCUCAAGUGAUCUCAUUGAGGGCAUCACCAACUCAGAUUGCAUAGGAGGCUUAAAGCAGAGGCUACUCCAGUUACUUCACACCUUGAACGAAAGGUACAAGCACAUCACACCGUCGAUUAAAUCUCAAUACCUGCAAUCUUUUGCAAACGGGGGGAACAUUGAAUUACUUGCUUUCCAUCUAGAAAGCUACGAGCCUUACCAAAUGAAGAAGAAUAAAGACAUGAACAGCUUAAAAGAGAAAUCAAUGCACACUGCAUUCGGAAGUGAAUACCAAUUAGACGCUAUAAAUGUAGACGAACGCAACUGUGAUUCAUCAGACUAUAAUCGAUUAUUUUCAAACCUGAAAGCCCGGGAUUCCUUGGCUAAGGCAGCAGGUCUAGAUUUUGACCUCUAUCAUCUUUCAGAACAAAUAGAACCGAAUGCAACAGUACUUUCCUGGUACAGAGAUUGGGCAUGUCACGGGGCUUAUCUACACGGUACCCCCACAUCAUUGAUCGGUCUGUUUAGUGACAUUAUGGACCUUUCUCCUACUACCGAAAGGAUGCACUUCUCCCUCUCUAACCCAACACUCGCCGAGGACCGGCUCAGGAGAGAUCCCAAACUGAGUAGAUCACCUAGAUGGGGUUUCCCGACCGUGAAUGUUCUCUCAAAACAUGGCACAGGCCUCAAUCAGGCCAUUAGCGCAGAAAAGGUACAAAUUGCAGAAUGCCACUCCUUCUGCCAGCUGGCCGACGCUAUAAGUUUUUGUCGCUCUCCACAUGAACCAUACUCAAGAACUAGGACGAUUGUUCGUAACUUCUUCUUCGGCGUUAGAGCCAUUACUGAACGGCCAGCUGAAGAAGCCGAUGAAUUCGAACAAGAGAUGGACAAAGAACGCAAGAAUAGUCUGAACAGCCCUGACAGCUCCAGCACCUCCGACAGAAACUGCUCUGGCAAUGUUUUCAUCUCCACUACGCCUGUUUUCUGCACCGCGAUAUGUGAGCUUAUGGAAGAAGCGGAGAACAUACCUGUACGUUGUCUGUCUGUCUUUCUUGUAUUCAUUCCCCCUCGUCAACGAUAUUUCCCUCGCAAAAUUAACGUGCAGGUGCCUUUACAACGGCGCCUGGUGCGAAACAUUCCUUGCAGAGUUGAAAUGAUAUCUUCAAUAGGAAUUUGUAUCUUGAAAGGUGACCUCAUAAUUCUCUAUCACACCUCAUGGUUGUGUAAGAACCAUCCAUUUCACCUCUCCGUUAAAGUAAACCCUUUCUGGAGAAGAGACAACGAAAGGUUUAAUAGGAAUAAAAUUACUGCCAACUCUAUGCUCCUCCUCUUACUAGAGCCAAGGAGAAGGCUAAUAGGAUGCAAGCUUCUUAUUUUAUCAGAAUUCAUAUACGCCCCUUGGCACGUUCCUGUGUCAGGCUCCAAGAAUGGAAAUGAUGUUGUGGACCCAUUCCGCGUUUCAAUUCUGGUGCAAUUCCUGUUGAUCUGUGAUCCAAAAUUUCGGGGUCAGCUGAUUUAUUGGCCGCAUGCACUCCUAUAUUUGACUCUAGGUCAAGCUCCGUGCCGCAAUCCAUCAACAGCUCACGAUGAGAAAUUCAGGGGUAAGACCAGUGGGAAAGAAUGGGAAAGAAAUCAAUGUCUAAGUGGAGCUAGCUUUCAGGUGGAAAUUUUGGUUGAGCGGGCGAGAACGUGGUGUACCACUCGUGUUAGCCGUCAUGGAAGCUCUCCUUGGGUCUGGCAGCCGCCGAGUCCAUUCGUGAAGUUAACCAUGGGUUUCCAGUCUGCCCUCCUGAGGCGAGAGUAUCACGAUGCAGGAGACAUGACAGCCAUUGUCCUUGGUGGUGUCAGGGCCGCAAGAUACAAAAGUGCCGAGCGAGAUAGAGUUCAACCGGGAACCGCAUGA